GAGGAGGAGGCGCGGGGCGGCCCCGCCGAGGAUGCUCCGGCUGCGGUGCAAGGCCCGGAGCGGCUCCCACCCGCUGCCCGGGCUCACGGCGCACUCCCGGCUCCGCGACAUGCAGGCCGCGCUGGCCGCCCUCACCGGCGUGCCCGUCCCGGCGCAGCGGCUGCUGCUCGGCUUCCCGCCGCGGAGCCUGGACCUCAGUGACGGCGAGCGGCGGCUCGGCGAGCUCGGCAUCCACUCGGGUGAUACCCUGAUCGUUGAAGAGGACGCGUCCAAAGCCAAGACUGACUCAGCCGUGGUUGCAAAAAGAACGAUGUCUAACUCGGUCAGGGAAGCUGUGCCUCUGCUCGCCAGGAGGGUUGUGCCAGCAGAUAACUCCUGUCUCUUCACCAGUGUGUACUAUGUGGUAGAAGGAGGCGUCUACGACCCAGGCUGCGCUCCAGAGAUGCGCAGCCUCAUAGCCCAGAUAGUAGCAAGCGAUCCGGAAUCGUACUGUGAGGCAGUUCUAGGGAAAACCAACAGGGAGUAUUGUGACUGGAUCCGGAGGGAAGAGACGUGGGGAGGAGCCAUCGAAGUGUCCAUUCUGUCCAAGUUUUACCAGUGUGAAAUCUGUGUGGUGGACACACAGACAGUCAGGAUCGACCGCUUUGGGGAAGAUGCUGGUUACACUAAGCGGGUCCUUUUAAUAUAUGAUGGGAUUCAUUAUGAUCCACUUGAGCGUAAAAUCCCAGACUCGGACGUUCCUCCCCAGACCAUUUUCUCCACAAGUGAUGAUAUUGUCCUUGCACAAGCUUUGGAGUUGGCAGAUGAAGCCAGGCGGAAGAGGCAGUUCACGGAUGUGAAUCACUUCACGCUGCGGUGCAUGGUGUGCCAGAAGGGACUCACGGGACAAGUGGAAGCCAGAGAACACGCCAAGGAGACCGGACACACCAACUUUGGGGAAGUGUGACAUCUGCAUGAGGAUGGUUACAUCGACUACCUCAUCGGUCCAGAAUAAAAUUCUGGAUUCCCAGAUAAGCUGUAUGUAAUCCUACAAUUCCGUUCACAGAGCUUGAAAAGCAAAUUAACUUAAUGAUGGCCAGGAUGCACAGGUUUGUUAUGGCUAGGGAUUUAUCCCAAGGGAUUUGAAGUAGGUAUCUUCUCGCAUGCUAAUUUAUAGUACUUUGGCAGGUGGUAUACACUGGCAGCUAGAACUUGAUUCCUGAAAUAGUCUUUGUGUGUGUGAACUGAGCAGACAUAUUAAAUCAGGCUCAUUCAACACUAGCAUAAAAUCUAGCCUUUAAAUUGCUGACUUAAUCUCUCUGUAUCAUGUUUUCAGGGUAAUUAAAUUAAGGGUUUGGGAAACACUCAGAUCAGCAUUAUUUAUGCUAAGGAUUAGACUCUGCACAUACAAGCAGUUCUUGCAGGGGAAACUGCUCAUUUGGUGCACACUUAGGGAUGGAAAGAGUAUCUCCAAAGCUGCCCUAUACUAUGUUACCAUCAGAAGUAGACUGUAUUGUGUGUGUGAAGUCAUGGCUUUAGAGAAAGAAAUGGCCUCUAAGCUUUAAGGUAGCCUUCUUUAAAUUAAUAAGUAGAUGGUUAAGUGUUGAAUAAACUUACUAAUCCUCUGUAGGUAGUUUUUAGUUGCUUGAAAAAUAACUAUCAACCCCCUGGUGUUUACACUGCAUCAGAACAUAGGCAUGUUUCUUGAAAUAGUUUGGACUCUUAUUCACAAUAGUAUCUGAAAUCCUGGCAAGAGGGAAAUAGAGUAGUUAGGGAAGUGACUCAGUUUGUUACAUCCAUUGAAGCAGACUUGGGUAUAGCUCAUGGCCACAGUGUUACUAAGCUGUACCAGAUUCCAAACACUGUAAAUGAGCACUUUAAGGUAUAGUUCUCACUCCUUCCUGCUAAAAAGUUUUGCCUUUUUUUAGAAGGACAGAGAACCCAGAAGGGAGGCUUGAAUUUUCUUCAUCUGCAUUCUGCCUUAACGUGUUUGAUUUGUCACCGAUGACUGUUCAGUGGCAAGACUUUAAUCCUGAUAAUGAAGGGUGCAGUUUAACUUCCAGAACAAAAUAAGCUAUGAAAACUGCCCUACUUCUCGGACUGCUCACAAUCAGGGAAGUUGAAAUUGGUUGAAUCUAUCUUGCCUCACAGCAGCUGGAAGUGCUGUUGAGGUCUUUUAAAAGGUGCUGUAAAGGUGCAUAUUACUGAAGGGGAUUUUGGUUUUUCCUUGAAAUGCCUACAACACAUGCUUGUUUUAAUGACUUUUAAAAUAUCCUUAACCUGCUCUUUUUCUGUUGCUGUUUUGAGUUACCUUCCUUGCACUUUUACAAAUGGGGAGCAAGAACCUGCAUCUUCAGACUGAGGCAGAAAUAAAUCCACUUACCAAAGUGGAACUUAAGAUCUAGUGUUACCUAAGCUGGUGCAGCAAAACCGUGUUUAUAGAAGGCACGUUUCACUGAAGUUCUCAGCAGAGGCUCCCAGUUGGACCUUGAAAUACAGGAGGGUCUUAUCAAGGAAGGAACGUAAUUACAGAAGUGCUUUGCUGAAUUGAGGCGUGAAUAAUUAAGUAUAAAGGACAGAAUCACUAUGGACCAGGUGUCUUUUUAAUUCAGUAUUAAAAUACAUGUUAGCACUGUUGGGAGUUUCCUAUAGAAAGCGACUUAGUUUCCAGUGUUAAACUUCACUUGGCUUUUAGUCUGUCAUAGGAAAAAAACAAACCAAACCAACCCCCCAACAUUAAAACCAGUUCUCUAGAAGCUGAUGCUUACAAACCUAAGGAAAUACCUGACAGUUCAAAGGAACUUGAAGAUUACACUGUGUUAUAACUACUUGAGAUGAAAUACUGUCUAGGAAUGAGACCAAGAGACUGUCAGUCCUCAGUUGUAUUCUCAGCUUUCCCGUGGAAGCAGAGAGACGCCUUGGACAAGGAGCUGAGCCUCACCAUUGCCAUCUGUAAAAUGGACAUAAAACCUACCUCAGAGAGGUGUUCCCGGUGACUGGCUGGGGUGGCUUUGAACCAGAAGUGGAAGAUACAUAUUUAUUGCCUGCCAUGUUUGCAAAUGCAUAUUGGCUUUGGGGAGCUUUGUGUCCUGGAUGGAUUUCUGCAAGCAUGGAAAAGGAUUUUUCUUUGGGGUCUUUCUCAGUUGCAGUAUUUUGAAGAUGAGGGUUAUUUAAUCCGGAGCGCUGAGCUUUGCUAUGUCAUGUUUGCAUUGGAAAUCGGCUCCCAGAGACUCAGUUCCACUCGAGGGAGAUGUGUCAGUAUCACUGCUUGGAUGUUUUCUUUUGUUGCCUAGAAAAUAAAAUCUCUUUGGUUUAAAAAAUGUCCACUGACACUGCUGGAGUUCAUCUUUGUAAGAGCUGAUGCUGUUAGACACUGACAGAUGGAUUUCAAACAACAGGGAUCCGUGGUGCUGCCUGCAAGUCAGAAAACUUCAUGUGAUUCUCAAACUCUCCCAAAGCGUCUGCAUUAUCUAAGAUACAGGUACAUUUGAAGUACAGCCCCCUCUGUUUCAACUGCUGGGAAUGUUAGCUUUGGGGUGGUUUUGGUAUCAUUUUUACCAGCAUUUUUGCCUGCCCUUAACAAUACAGUUACAGAAGCAUCACAAAAGCGGCCCGCUGGUAGGAUGAACUUCAGCACACCAUGACACAUUUACACUGAUCUGUUACUAAUUGUACAGCAGAAUGUUAGUUACACCUAUUUUACCCUAGAGGUGGGACGUGGGCUUGGGUCCUGGCAGGGAAUAGCAUCACCCAUACCCAAGGCCUGCAAAACGUGGGCUUAUGUCCUUACCGUCAUUCCCAAUCCCAUACAAGUUUAAAAUGAGCAUUAAAUUCCUUGCUGAAUACUUCAACACAGGGUUCAGUAACUAAAUGAGCCCUGGAAACGGGAAGGUUUGUUUUGGGGGUGUGCUUACUAAAAGGUGGAUUAUUAUUGGUAUUGUUUUACCAAGUUCUAGAACAUCCCUCAGAUAAAGAGUCCUCGUUUCCUGGUGCCAGUCUGGCUGUUUUACCAGCACUAAAUUCCUUCUUUAAUUAAAGGAGAGCUCCACACACUAAUCAUGUGGCCUUCCACAAACAUGUAUUGUACCAAGAGAUACGCAUCAACUCAUGGUUGUAACAACACUUGAAAAGCUUGUCUGAGUUUACGUGCUGAGCAGAUGCUGAGCAAGGGCUUUCACUGGUGGAGGCAGCAUGUUCCCACUGCAGUAAAGCAAGUGGUAGCAAAGGCUUCUAACAGCUUUCAUUCCCAUUGUAACCCUGUGGUGCAGCGUUCCGGUACCUGUAUCAUCCGUGCAACCAGUUGGUGUAACAGCUUGCCUUAAACACAUGCUCUGGAUUGCAAAAGUUGUGUUGCACCAAUAAACGUGACUGAUGCAUGUGUACAUCCUCA